CGGCUUCGCACAAAUAGACGCGCAUGCACCGGCCCGACUUUGGCAAGCUCGCGGUCUUCUUUGGCACGAGCGACGCCGACUGGACGCAGUCGGAGCGUCGGUUCCUCCUCAGUAUCGCGUACACCCAGGCCGUCCUUGGCUUCACCAACUUUCUCUUCGCGGGCAUUAUCCUCUGGAGCUUCACGGACGGCGAGGCCAAACUCGUCGACGCAACGUCGCCCAAAACGACUGCAAUCGUGUUUUGGCUCCUCGCUCUCUGCUACGCCUAUGCGCUGCGACCGCCCAGCGGUGGCUCGCGCAUCUAUGUAAGCUCAUCGCCAACCGUCAAGCACCUCCCGGCCAUGCGCCGUCUCGCCGCUUGUCGCCCGUCGGCCAAUGUCGAGAUUGGCUUGAGCCAUACGGUGGUGAUUGUGUGCCAGACCUACUUGGCCCAGCUCAUGGCGUCGACGCUCACCCAAGGUGGCGUUGCAACCACAUACGGUGCGAUGGUGGUCCUCAACGCGACAGUGACGCCGAUCUUCCUCUUCACCAAGAGCGUCCGAUCCAAACGUCUGCUUCUCGACCUCCUCGACGCCUUUCUCUCGUUCACGCUCACGAUCGGAAUCUCGUUCGUGGUGUUUCUUCUGCCGCUCUUCGAGCACCAGUUCUUUACGGGCUGGGGCGAUAACCACCCGUGCGAGUGGUAUGCGUCGUACCUUGGCGCGAUCCGCAUCUUCCUCGUCAUGCCGCCGCUGCAACUUGCCUCGACCGUCGUGCCCAACCUCGUCGUCGUGCUCUCGCUACGCCAGACGCUUUUGACGCUCCGGACGAUGCCGAUCAAGUUGCCGUCAGCACUCACGACGGUGGCGCCGUCGAGUCAACACAGCAUCUCGAGCCGCGAGGUCCGGCGUGCGUCGGUGACACUCUCAUCGCUCAUGCACGGCACCCGCGACGAGUGGCGCAAGCGCUUCACGCUCGACCAGACCGACAUGCGCUUCCUCGUGACCAUAUUUGCCUUUAACGUGGCGUGGGGACUUGCAGUCCUCGGGCUUGUGCUGCGCGCGUUCUACACACCACGGGCGUGCCCGAGCCACUGCCUUGCGAGCUCCCUUCCAUGGAUGAGCGAUGGUUGCUCUUGCAUUUAUGCGCGGCUCCAGUGCACAGUCGAAAACACCACGAUCGACGUCGACAGCUUCUUGACGUCGCACGCACUCGGCACCAACGUUCUCAUCUUGAAGACCGUGGGCUGUCGCGCGCCACCGACGCGCAACGUCAUGGCGUUCCCGCACCUGUUUCGAUUGGACAUUGAGUUUUCCAACAUGACAUCGUGGGACGUCGGACAGCUUCCGCCGUCGCUGCGCAUGGUAGUCUUGCGCUACAACAACCUCAAGUCGAUUCCGCCCGUGUUGCAAGCCCCUGGUGACGCGCUGCGCGUUCUGCACUUCAUCGGCGCACCCGUCGGCGACAUCCCGGGGGCUAUAUGGGUCAACUGGACGCAGCUAACGACGUUGUGGCUGUCGGACACGCAGAUGACCCGUAUCCCAGACGUUAUUGCCAGCCUCACGAGCCUCGAAGAUCUGGUACUGAGCACUAAUCGGAUCACGGCGCUUCCGCCGUCACUCGUGCAACUGGCCACGCUGCGGCGUCUCGCGGUCGACAGCAACCCUAUCGCGACGUUCCCACAGGCGCUGCUGGAAGCCAAGCCACAGUUGACGCUGGUGCUCGACCACACGCUGAUCGCAACGAUCCCCAACUCGGCCGCCGUGCGCGCUGCGAUCGUAUCCGGAGCCGUCCAGCUGCACGCGACGCCGUUUUGUGCAACGCCCGCCGGCGCGAGCUUUGCUUCCGGCGCGUGCUCCCCGACGUGCUCGUCCACGUGCUCGACGCUUCACUGGCGCGACAACUACUGCGACCCGUCGUGCUACUCGCUACCCUGCGCGUUCGAUGGCGGCGACUGCACGAUUGUGUGACACCACCUUUGCGUAAAUAACGAAAAUGAUAGAGGAAGCCCACACUGCAGCAUGCA